AUGUACAAAACCAUAAUACGACCAGCAGUGACAUAUGGAAGUGAAACAUGGACAUUGAGAAAGAAAGAAAUCAAUAAACUAUUAGUAUGGGAACGCAAAAUCCUGCGAAUUAUAUAUGGUCCUUGCAGGGACAGCGUGACAAAUAAAUCGAGGAGCAGAUACAACAAUGAAAUAGAGACUCUCUUCGGGAAAGGAAACAUCGUAAGAUACAUAAAAACCAAUAGAUUAAGAUGGGCAGGCCACGUGGUACGGAGUGAUGACGACAGACUGAUUAGCAAUGUGUUUUGGGAAAGACCAGAUGGUAGAAGAUCGACAGGAAGGCCUAGAAAAAGGUGGAAAGACGCAGUCAGGGAAGACCUGGAGAAGAUGGAAGUAAGGCCAUGGGAAAUAAUAGCACAGGAUCGGAAUCAAUGGAAGGCAAUAGUUCUUCUGAAUUUAACCACGAUCUGGGCACAUCUCCUGGAUGUUAACGAUGACUUACUGAGAACACUUAUAAUAAAGGCGGACAAUGAAAAAAAGUCAUCAAACAAAAACAAUUUUUUCCAUUAUAACGACGGCAACAGAUUUGGUCCACCAAUAAUACCACCAAUUGCUGCAUAUCCAGUCAUGCCAGGAGUUCAAUGUACUAUUGAAUUUGGUCAAAGAGUGUGCCCCCCAUAUUAAUCAAAAUUUGGGUGAACUCGUGAAGAUAUAGGUUUAAGGAUUCCUGCUUCUUUUUGUUGAAAUACAUCGUAAAUGC